CGAUCAACAUAUCAACAACCUCACCAUAACCCCUCACAACACUCCCACAAACAAAUACCAACAAUGGCGACUACCCCUCCAUCCAUCGCCAUCCCAGGCCAGCCCCUCGGCGCCUCAACCAAAUACAUCCCAGGCCCAGGAACGCACCUCCACCUCUCCCAAAUCCACGCAUCCAUCCUCGGACCCAUUCACCUCACCCACCCCCCCAAGCCAGUCGGUCCUCAGAAGCGUCUCACCAAGAUCACUCCCUCGGCGCCGACACCCCUACCUACCAUCUCUGUCCUGCGCAGCCCGGUACUCGACACCAAACCCGGCGAGGUGCAGACGGCGAAGCGAGAGGCUAUUCCGGAGGUCGGCAGUAUUGUGCUGUGCCGCGUGACGAGGAUCACGGCGAGGCAGGCGAGCGUGGCAAUCUUGGUUGUGGGUGAGACGGUUGGGGAGGGAGAGUGGCAGGGCGUUGUGAGGGUGCAAGAUGUGCGGGCGACGGAGAAGGAUAGGGUGAAGAUUGCAGAGAGCUUCAGACCGGGGGAUGUGGUUAGGGCUAUUGUGAUCUCCCUUGGUGAUCAGUCAAACUACUACCUCUCCACCGCCCGCAACGACCUCGGCGUCCUCAUGGCCACCAGCGACGCCGGCAACGCCAUGCACCCCGUCAGCUGGCGCGAGUACCGCGACCCCGUGACCGGCACCAGCGAGCUGCGUAAGGUCGCUAAGCCUUUCUAGAGAGGUCUAUCUAUCUACCUAUCCCCUCUUAUUCGCCUUAUCUAUAUUCACUGGGAGGGAGGCAAAAGGGGAAACGGGCGCUCUGCCAAUGGUUUGCAAGCGGCGAAAGGGGAGCGCUGGAAAUGAUUUGCCCGCGGCGAAAAGGGCGCUGCCGAAGUCCUUCAAGAUGGUGGGAGGCGACAGAUUACCUAUUCUCCCUGCGCCUGGCUCACGGGUUCAAUUCAAUCCGUUGAGUCACCUAUCGUCAGCAGGCCGUUGGCAAGGGGAAGGGGGUAGAGGGGUCGAGGCGUAGAGGCUUACACGGCGUGUUCCGCGAGGUUGUGGGAGACGACAAACCACCUCUCUCCAUGUGCCUGGUUCACGGAUUCAAUUCGCAGUCACUUAUCUUCAGCGGGCAAGGGGGGAAAGGAAAGGGGUAGAGGGGUAGGGGAAAGGGGUAGGGGGGUAGGGGGUUAAAGGGAUGGGUGUGCGCCGCGCGUUUCGCGAGGGGUGCGUGUGUCUGCUGCGCAUGUUCUGCAAGGGG